GGACCUGAAGUCAGUUACUGUUUAUCCUCUCACAACCCCCCUACCCUUAAACCUACCUAACCUACUGACCGAGCUCUCAGCAAUGGGACUGUCAUAACCGGAUCACCAGCGACACUCAGACCUUGAGCUGUUCGGCAGCAGGAACCGGUCAAUGAGAAAAUAGCGAGACCAGCUUGGAAUUUAGCAAAGAUGGGAACUGCACGACUCCUUCUGCUUUUAGCGGCGGUGUCUGUGUACAAUGCCGAGGAGUUCUGUGAGAGUGGGCAAUAUACCCACGAUGGGAAAUGCUGCUCCAUGUGCCCUCCGGGGGAAGGUGUAGUUACCCCGUGCGGAGCUGAGGAUACGAAAUGUCAGCAGUGCAUGGACAGUGUUGCUUAUUCAGAUGUUUCAAGCCACACUGAACCCUGCAAACCUUGCACAGAAUGUUUAGGUACAAGAACCAUUGCAAUCCCUUGUAUGGAUAACUUUGAUACAUCCUGCAUUUGCAUGGACGGCUAUUAUGAGGAUCCUGAUAAUGUGGGCGGAGAGUGCCUUAAGUGUGAUCUUUGUGAAGAGGGAUAUGGGGUACUGCAACUGUGUACUGAUAAACAGAAUACCAUCUGUGAGAAAUGCCCUCUGGAAACCUAUUCUGACCAAAAGAGCAGUGCUGAUCCUUGUCUCCCCUGCACAAUCUGUGAAGAGAAUGAAAUGCUGAGUUCAGAAUGCACGCCUAUCAAAGAUGCAUCAUGCACCACUUACAAUCCAAGAAUCAUUUCUGCAAAGACAGAUGUAUCUCCGAAAACCAUCACAACAACAGAGAUAAUGACCACCCCAGCUGUGCCAAGCUCUCCACAGUUUAUUGGGCAAGGAAACACUGACAACAUCAUUCCUGUUUACUGUUCUAUCCUGGCCGCAGUGGUAGUGGGACUAGUGGCCUAUGUGGCUUUCAAACGAUGGAACAGCUGUAAGCAAAACAAGCAAGGAGCCAAUAACAGAACAGUAAACCAGACGCCAUCUCCAGAGGGUGAGAAGCUGCACAAUGAUAGUGGAAUCUCAGUAGACAGUCAGAGUCUACAGGAGCAACAGCAGAAACUACAACAGCAACAACAGCAGCAACAACAGCAGCAACAACAGAACCAAGCUGCCCGAGCUGAGCCAAUCCUUUACACUGCUCUCCCUCCACACAAGCAGGAAGAGGUAGAGCAACUGCUGAAUAAUUGUGAGGAGGAUGCAGAAUGGUGCAACUUGGCUGGUUUGCUGGGAUAUAAUGAGGAACAUAUAGACACUUUCAAGCAGGAAGAACACCCAGUGCGUGCCCUCCUCUCCGACUGGGCAGCCAAGGACACUGCCACCACGGACGCACUUUGCACUGCCCUACGGAAACUGAAAAGGGAUGACAUCGUUGAAACCCUCAACAGCGAACCCACAGCCACGUCCGCCGUGUGAGAGUGAAUGAAUCAGCGACAGCCUUAAUUCUCUUGACUGUUCCUUUUGAAAUUGGAAACAAAAGAGUGGAUAUAACAGAAUGCCUGAAGGAAAAGGGUGUUCAGUCCUAUGCUUACGAACACCCUUAUGUGCACUGGUGCAUAACUUUCAGUAUUGUCCUGCCUUCUCCCCUUUACAAAGUGACUGUGUGCCGCAGAAGCAGAAAGCGCUUUCAUGUUAUAAUGUCAAAUUUUGUCUUUUCUGUAACCACUAGAGAAAAAAAAAUGCCACGCGUACAUUUUCAAAUGGGCCAACUUUUAUUAAACCCGAGUGCUAAACAAGCCAUAUGUGUAAAUGUCAAAGCAUGGACAUUGUAUCUUGUGUUUCAGCACUCUUUACUGAACUGAAAAGUAUGUUACAAAUCUUGUACGUUGUUAGCAACCCCCUCCGCAUGUAUCCAAGUAGUGUUUGUGUAACUAAUUCUAGUGUAGUCCAAAGUACCAGAGACGUUCUGGCUAAUCCUUAGCCCAAUAUGUUUGUGUGUCUUUUCAAUGUGACGUCUCUGAAACCCUAGACAUAUUAAUUUUAUCUGAAAAGGCAAUGCAACAUGACUUUGGAAUUUUUAACAAUAAUCUAACUUUGCGAUUCCGCACGAAGUACGGAAAUGAUCAGGACAAUUUUAAUCACAGUGUUAAUAAGGUAUGGGACAUCUUUGCAAUGUGGUUCAAUUGUGAAGAGAAAUGCUAAUAAUCAAAUGUACUGGAGUUGAGGGACCCAACUUGAUGACUAGAGAGACAAUGUGAUGUGAUUUUAUCACAUUACAGAAUUGGCCCAUUCAUUCCUUGAAACCAUUUUGGUUGUAUUUACAAAAAGUAAGACUGAAACAGAUAGGAAUAUUUUUCCAGUGUUCAUUCCAAGGUCAGACACAAUGUUAAUUUCUAAGUAAUUUGUACUUCUGAAUAUGAAUCUAUAAUUAAAUUUCUGGAAGAAUAAGUACGUUGAGCACUUGACAGAAUUAGUGACUAUUCCUGAUUCUAGGCCAAUAGAAGGCUAAUGACCAACAUCGCUUUUCAUUAAGGAACAAUGUUUACUUCUGUGUUGUUAUUUUAAAGUAGUUGAGAAAUGCCAGUGUGAAGCAGAGUGUCUAAGCUAUUGUGCAUCACUCAGAUAUGAUUAGCUGGCUUUAUCACUUUUGCCAAUGCACCAUUUUCUUUUAAUAUUCAAACCAUAUAUAGCUGUAAAAUGUGAGUCCUGUGACCAGGAGUAGAUUAAUAAUGUUUGGGUGUACUUGGACAUUAGCAUCCAGAAUCCAGCUCACAGGGCUUUGAUUGUAACUUCAGUGCCUAGUGGAGAUCUAGGUCUUCAUGGAGCUAACCUUUGAAAGAAGGAAACCAACUACUAUCCUUAGCUUGUGUGGCCAUUAUGUAACUUCAAUCUCCCAGUCAAUGUGCCCCCUGACAUGACCUAAUAAGCCAUUCAGUUGCAUCAGAAACCGUCUCAGGGCAACUAAGGAUAGGCAGUAAAAUGUUGGGCUUAUGGGUGAUGUCCCCAUCUUGAGAGACUUUUUAAAAAAUAAUGUAUCUCUGAUGUGUCUACUACUCCAUAUCAGUUGGUUAAGAUUAAAGUUCCACUGAUGGUUCCCUGGCAAUUUCAAAAAAAAUAUAAGUUGGAGGAGAAUUUUUCAAUCUGUGCUUGUGUGAGAGCAUUGGACUCCUUUACUAGCUGAACAUUAAUUCUUGGGUAUACUUAGGAAAGCCACAUGUGGCAGUAAUACAAACCUAUGGCUGAGAGAUGCCAUUAAGCUGCCAGAUUCUUUUGGAAGGAUCCUGUAAGGGAAAAUUUGUACAGAUGUCAGGGAACCAAAUGCAGGUUAAAAGGUUAAAAUGCUAAAAAGAGCUGCACCUUUUCUGGAAACGUUCUUAAUUUCUGCAAAUUAGUUGUUAAAUAUUUCAUGCAAAGUCUCCAUUGCCAUGUUAAAAAUGUAUGAUUUUCUUUAG